GAAAUUAGCUGCAGUCUGCGUCACAGGAAGAUGGCGACUGGCAGGGCUGGUGGAGUCGUGUGUUGUAUGUUUUUACCCGAGUUGAAAAACCUCCCUGCAAAGCAGCCACGUGCAUAAAGAGAGAGAGAGAAGCUGGGACAGGAGAGAAGAAGGUGCAGCAGUCCAUUGUGGGUGUGUGCCCUUGCAGCUCCAGCGGAGCGUCUGAUCUGCGGCUCGUCCAAACCGUGGCGAAGGACAGGUUGGGAUCGUGCUCCGCAGUUGGCAGCAGCCGGUCCCGUGUGUCCGACAGGACUUUGAGCAUUGGGAGCAUCCUGUUUGUACCACGUAAUGUUCUCACCGUGCCAGGGUCAGCACUACAUACUGUGCAGAGAACUCACUGCUAGAUGCCAACCUGAGGGAAGAGAGGACAUCUUCGGACCUCAAGCGGAACCCCUCUUUUAACCCAGUGGAUCCCCACCUCAGUCUACCGGCCCACCCCACCCCUUGCCAAACAUCAUGGAGGGUGGGCCUGUGGGGAAAAGUCCAAAGGCCAAAAGAAACAGGGCGUCAGUGAGCAAAUCCAAAGCAAGAGCAAGCCGGGCUGGUGCCAAGACACGUCUGUGGGAAGGUCAGGAUGUGUUGGCCCGGUGGACUGAUGGCUUACUGUACCUGGGGAACAUCCGGAAGGUGGAGCGGUGGAAGCAGAUCUGUCUCGUUCGGUUUGAGGACAACUCUGAGUUCUGGGUGUUGUGGAAGGACAUCUAUCCCUCCGCCCUCCCCGGGACAGAACACAUCUGCUGCCUCUGCAAAGAAGCCACCCCCAGCCAGGGCAAUCGGAUUAUGAACUGCGCCAAGUGCAAGCAAGGGUACCAUCAGGAAUGCCAUGCCCCCAAGAUCGAGGCUGAUGGCGGAAUCCUGCCCUCUUGGAUUUGCCGUGCGUGUAUCUUUGCUGUAGCCACCAAGAAAGGAGGUGCCUUAAAGAAGGGACCGUAUGCCAAAGCCAUGCAGUCCAUGAAACGGGUGCUUCCCUAUCAGCUCAAGUCACUCGAGUGGGACCCCCAGCAUCUCACCAAUCAGCAGCAAUGCUACUGCUACUGCGGAGGCCCUGGAGAGUGGAAUCUGAAGAUGCUGCAAUGUUGUCGGUGUCAGCACUGGUUCCACGAGGCCUGUACCCAGUGCCUGAGCAAGCCGCUACUCUACGGGGACAGAUUUUACUUAUUCAUGUGCUGUGUCUGUACUGGUGGUGCAGAGUUUGUGAAGCGACUACCGCUGGAGUGGGUCGACAUUGCGCACCUGAUCCUCUACCACCUCAGCACCUGCUGCAGGAGGAAAUACUUCGACUUUGAGCGAGAGAUCUUGGCGUUUGCCAAUGAGAACUGGGAGAACCUGCUGGUCGGCCAGCUGUCCACUGCCUCAAAGUCGGAACGCUACGAACAGAUCCUAAAUGCCCUGAACAGCCAUAGGAACAGAUUUGUGUCCGGGAAAGAGAUUAAGAAAAAGAAGUGCAUCUUCGGCCUGCAGGAGAGGCUCCCACCUCAGCCUCCGCCCGCUGCCACACUUUGCGAGAUCGCCAACCAGCUGAUGGCGACCUCUGCCAGCUCGACCUCCAACAGGUCCAUGCUCGAGGGGGUGAAGAAGCUGAAGGCCAAGAGACCCCCUCGCCACCGGGACCCUCAGGAUCUGUACGAGCUGAAGACCAGGCGAGCACGUCGACUGCUGCAGAAAGCCAUCACUCAGAAUGUGGUAGCGAGUCCUUCCAGCCCCAACCAGUCCUACCAGGGCUGCAGAGGCAGCAACAGCACGUGUCCCAUCCGGGAGAAUACAGAGAGGACGCCUCCAAAGAUGAUGUACGCGUCGUUUCAGCCAUCCUCGAACAACGUUCGCAGCCUGGAGUCGUCCUCGUCGUCCUCGCUCGAGUAUGGCGAGAACUCGGGCAGUCAGGCCAAGGCUGUCAGCGCUGGCGGCCGGCUAUCGGAUGGCGAAGAGGGCGCGGACGAGCAUCCACUCGACGCUGCCGAGACGGAGCAGGAGGACGAGGAAGAGGAGGACGAGGAGGAGGACGACGACGGUUCCGACAACCUGAUGGACACCCGGUCCCAGUGUGACUCCAGCGACGAUGACCUGCCCCUCUCCUACCUGCGCUCAUCCGUCAACAGUUACUUCGGGGCGAUGGGCAGACUGGCGCGGGGCGAGACGGUGCGAAUCCUCGCCCGCAGGCUCACCCUGGACAACAAAGUGCAGUACCUGGUGGAGUGGGGCGGCUCCUCCAUCUUUUAGCGCACGUUCAGAUUCUGGGCGGUUCCAGUAGGCGAGGUGGGGUGGGGAGAGACUAGGAGCCAAGUGCUAACCUGAGGCAGCUUAUUUUAAAUUGGACUCUGAUAGGCGUUGGGGAUUAACGCGCACGGUUUUUAAUCUCUCAAAGUCUUUGCGCUUGAUUUCGAUUGUCCACUGUCGUAGGAUCCUGGAGCACGUGCUCACUCAGAGGCAAACCUGCCUCGGGGCAGGGGA